AUGAGAGCAACUCAGAGUAGGCAAAAGUCUUAUGCAGAUAAGAGGAGACGACCACUUAAGUUUGAUGAAGGAGACCAUGUACUUCUUCGGGUGAUGCCAACCAUAGAGUUGAGGAAAUACAUUGCAAGUCUAGAUCAUGUUUUGGAGUCAGAUGAGGUGCAAGUACGCGAGGAUCUGAUUAUGCCAGUUGGACCAGUGCGCAUAUUGGAUACUCAGGUCAGGCAACUGAGAGGUAAGGAGUUGAAGACGGUGAAGGUUCUUUGGGACGAGGAAACUCAAGAGAUGACUUGGGAGAUGGAGGACCUCAUGAGGAAGUCUUAUCCUCAUCUCUUUGCUGGUAAGUUCUAUUUUCGAUGA